UCCAAAUAAUAACUCCACGCCCUCCUAUUGUCUCUCCUUUUGUCCUUUCUCACAUCAAUAAAAAUUAGAAAGAAGAUGAUGGAGCUUAAAAAAUUCCUCCUCAUCUUCAUCUCCUAUUCUCUAAUUAUAACAUCACCGUUCGCGGAGGCAGGCAACGACGCCUCUUCUGCUCCCUCUGCUUCUACCACCACCGCCGCCGCCACAGCGACGCCUACAACAACUUCAUCAACAAAAAAUAAUUUGAACACUGACACGUCAUCAUCUUCGGGGUCCUGGCCUAAAUCUUCUCCCUCAGGUUCAACGCCUUCUAAGCCGGUCAGUCCUGCUCCGGCUCCAAGCGGCUUGUCGUUGCUAUUCUCAACGGUUCCGUUACCAACUAAAAAUCCAGUCCUGAAGAAAAUAUGUGAUUCCACUAGUCAUCCAGAGGAAUGUAUGAGCUCAAUCACUCCUUACCAAACUGGCGAGUCGGAUCCUGUUUCCGUACUAAAAAUGGAAAUGCAAGCUCUUCGUAAAGGUUUUGAAAAAGCCAUUGCUAAAGCAGAUUCUUUAAAUGAAGAUCCUUCAACAUCAGAAAUGAUUAGAAGCUGUAUCGAUACAUGUCUUGAAAUUUAUGAUACUGCCCUUUAUGACCUAGACGAUGCUCUUGAGGCGGUUUCUUCUCACGACAUUGAUAAGCUUAAAACGUUCCUGAGUGCUACGGUAUCAGAUAUUAGCACGUGCGAAGAAGCUUUUCAAGAGGAGCCAGGUGCAGAAUCACCCUUGAAAGAAUUUGACGAUGAGUUGGAUAAACUAGCUAGCAAUAACUUGGCCAUUGUUAAUGCCUUACUCCGCUAAAUUAAUUAAUUAAUUAAUAGUUAAUUAAUCCCCUAUUUAUUGUUCAUAACAAGGAGAGACAUUAAGAAAUUGAUUCAUUUAGGUUUUUUUUUUUUUUUUGUGUGUUAUGUAUCAUCCAUGUGGUGUUAGAAAGUAGUCAAAGCUGCCCGUUAUACAAUUGAGAUAAUUGUACAUCUUAUUGAAAUUAUUUGUUUAAUAGCAUCAUUAAUAUUUAAAACUUAA